UGCCACGGUUUUCCCGUGCUGUGUUCUUUAGUUUUUUUUUUUUUUUUUGCAAUCCCAUUCCUCCUCCACAUCCUCAGAUUGUUCUCUCCCCACAGUACAAUGGUGCCGCACAUCAUUUACGGCAUCAUCUUUGUGAUGCUAUUUUUCUUCACCAUCUUCCCGACGGCCGAGAUGGAAUCGGUCGGGCUGACGGUGGACCAUCUCUGCUCGCGCUACCUGUCCGCCGACACGGACUACGUCAUGUACCAGCUAAAGUCGACCAGCGUGAAGCUGCUGAUCCACUCGGCCAUGCCGUUCAUCUACGUCCUCUUCAUCUGGCUGAUGAUGUGGGCCAACCCGGACGAGAUGAUGGUGGUGCAGCGGCAACCUUCGCCGUUGGGGGAAACGGUCUGGGAUGUGUUCUGUAGCGCUGCCGGCACGCUGCUGAUUGUGGCCGCCGUGUCCGUUUUUUACUGGGCCCAGGACGGUUGGAGCAACCAUCCGAUCGCGAAGCAGCUGCAGCUGCUGACCAGCGCCACGCUGCCCGACUGGCGAUCCGUUGCGACCAACAUUAACGACGAGUAUCGAAGGGAUACCAAAAUUAUCAUCCGUUCCAACGCUAUCUCGACCCUGGUGGUGACGGAAAGUUGGAUCAUUAAAACGAACAUGUACGUGCACAAUAUCAUCCCCCAGAGUGAAGCACUGCUGUACGCGUACAAGAUCGACACCAAGGAGGUGAUCACCGACACGCUCGAGUCGGCCGAGUUCGUCAAUAUCGGCGUGAAGCCCCAGCAGCAGUCCCGCAUCAAGCCGUUCAUCAUACGCAUCAACGUGGUGCACAUCAAGGAUCUGCGCGACCGGCUGCAGCAACCGAUCCUGGUGAUGCCCUCGGUGCAGUUCCGCACCCUGACCGAGCGGUUCGUGGAAGCGUUCAAGGAGGAGGUCGCCCAAAACCCGACCGUGCCGAGCGCGUACGUGCCGGACGAGGGCGACUGCUGCUUGGCGUGCCUGCAGGCCCAGCCGGACGUCAAGAUUGCCAAGUACUGUCUGGAUGUGGACGCGGCCGGCUCGGUACUGCCCGAGCAGGAGCGCUGCCAGCCGUGCGGCUGCCGGCCGCUCUGGUGCGUCAGCUGUCUGGCGACGUGGUUCGCGUCGCAGCAGCAGCGGGCCGAGCGGGACACGUGGCUCAGCAAGAAGACGACCUGUCCGAUGUGCCGGGCACGGUUUUGCGUGCGCGAUGUGUGCUAUCUCGAGGGGCGCCGGACGCCGCCCGCAGAGGAGGUGCAGCCGGAGACGGAGCAAUAAAUGUGUAUACACUGUA